GGAGCGGGCGCGCCCGUGAGCCGACAUUGUCCAACUUCGUUACUUUCACGCAUAUCACCAUGCUCGGCCGCGCCAGCACGCUCCGCGCCGCCUUGGUCAAGCCGACGGCGGGCCAGCGCCGGCGCCAGCACACACAGGCCGGCGUCGGCCCCACCCUCUUUGGCGGCAGCGUCUUUGGCCUCGCGCUGCUCUCGUCGCUCGCCGAGCCCAAGCCGCUCGCGCAGGCCGAAGCCGCCAUGCUUCUCAAGCCGGACCCGCUCAGCUCCAAAUACCACGUCGGCGGCGUCAUUGGCUCGGGCGGCUUCGCACGCGUCUGCGCUGGCCGCGAGAAGCAGUCGGACACGCCGGUCGCGAUCAAGCGGCUCUCCAAGGCGUUGACAUCCAAGGCGCGCUUUGAGCAAGAAGUGUCGAUUUUGACGCAGGUCCAAGGCAGCAACGCUGUCGUGCAGCUCAAGGAGGCUUUCGAGACGCCGGAAGACUACGUGCUCGUGACCGAGUACAUCCAGGGCGGCGAGCUCUUUGACCGCCUCCUGAGCCACGGCACGUACUCGGAGGCGCAGGCCAAGGCGCUCACGCGGGAGAUUUCGUCCGCGCUGCAGCAUCUGCACGCGCGAAACGUCGUCCACGCCGACGUCAAGCCCGAGAACAUUUUGCUCCAGUCCAAGAACGACUCGGCGCGCAUGAUCCUCAUCGACUUUGGUUUGUCGUUCCAUGUCAACGACCGCGCAUCGAACCACCGGUGGGACGGCUCUGGCACCAUGGCGUAUGCUGCGCCCGAGGUGCUCAAGAAGGAAACGAUCAGCAGCGCCAUCGACAUGUGGGCGCUCGGCGUCGUGCUCUUCGUGCUCCUCGCCGGGUACCACCCGUUCGACCCGACCAACGAGGCCUCGGACCGUGAUCUGCGCGAACGCAUCAUCGCGGGUCAGUACGACUUCAACCACGACGCCUGGACCAACGUAUCCAGCGACGCCAAGGACCUCAUCCGGCAACUGCUCCAGGUCGACGCCGCCAACCGCCCGAGCGCAACCAGCGUCCUCACGCACCCGUGGAUGCAAGCGUAGGCGCACCCCACCCCCAUUUCUUAUAGUUCUAAUUUAUACGUUUCCCGUG